UUUCAACAGUCUCUUUUCUCCGGCAGACCGGUCCGGUCAGUAGGUCAACCUCAGCUCAACAGUUUCACCCUUUAGUUCACAUUCAUCACUGCCUAAUAUUAACCAUGAGGGAGAUAGUUCACAUUCAGGCUGGCCAGUGUGGCAACCAGAUUGGAGCAAAGUUCUGGGAGGUGAUCAGUGACGAGCACGGCAUCGACCCCACAGGAACCUACCAUGGAGACAGCGACCUACAGCUGGACCGCAUCAGCGUGUAUUACAACGAAGCAACUGGAGGAAAGUAUGUACCCAGAGCCAUCCUCGUUGACCUGGAACCCGGCACCAUGGACUCGGUCCGAUCGGGACCCUUUGGCCAAAUCUUCAGACCUGACAACUUUGUCUUUGGUCAGAGCGGAGCUGGAAACAACUGGGCCAAAGGUCACUACACGGAGGGAGCGGAGCUGGUGGACUCGGUCCUGGACGUGGUGAGGAAGGAGGCGGAGAGCUGCGAAUGCCUCCAGGGCUUCCAGCUCACCCACUCCCUGGGAGGAGGCACCGGCUCGGGCAUGGGGACCCUCCUCAUCAGUAAGAUCAGGGAGGAGUACCCUGACCGCAUCAUGAACACCUUCAGCGUGGUUCCCUCCCCUAAGGUGUCCGACACGGUGGUGGAGCCGUACAACGCCACGCUGUCUGUCCACCAGCUGGUCGAAAACACGGAUGAGACCUACUGCAUCGACAACGAAGCUCUGUACGACAUCUGCUUCCGCACGCUGAAGCUGACCACGCCCACCUACGGAGACCUCAACCACCUGGUGUCGGCCACCAUGAGCGGCGUCACCACCUGCCUUCGCUUCCCGGGCCAGCUGAACGCCGACCUGAGGAAGCUGGCCGUCAACAUGGUGCCCUUCCCCCGCCUCCACUUCUUCAUGCCCGGCUUCGCGCCGCUGACGAGCCGGGGCAGCCAGCAGUACCGCGCCCUGACCGUGCCCGAGCUCACCCAGCAGGUGUUCGACGCCAAAAACAUGAUGGCGGCGUGCGACCCGCGCCACGGCCGCUACCUGACGGUGGCCGCCGUCUUCAGAGGCCGCAUGUCCAUGAAGGAGGUGGACGAGCAGAUGCUGAACGUGCAGAACAAGAACAGCAGCUACUUCGUGGAGUGGAUCCCCAACAACGUGAAGACGGCGGUCUGCGACAUCCCACCGCGCGGCCUCAAGAUGGCCGUCACCUUCAUCGGCAACAGCACGGCCAUCCAGGAGCUGUUCAAGCGCAUCUCCGAGCAGUUCACCGCCAUGUUCCGCCGCAAGGCCUUCCUGCACUGGUACACGGGCGAAGGGAUGGACGAGAUGGAGUUCACCGAGGCCGAGAGCAACAUGAACGACCUGGUGUCCGAGUACCAGCAGUACCAGGACGCCACCGCCGAGGAGGAGGGCGAGUUCGACGAGGAGGUGGAGGAGGACGCCUAAAGAAAGAAAGGGGGGAGAAACGGGAAAGAAAACUGUGAAAGGAUGGAGAGAAGGGGUCAGAACCAACGGAAGGGCCAAACUAAAAAAAAACGACCAAAUUCAUGUGCCAAAUUUAUCAUUUAUGUUUUCAAUCCAGUUUGAACAUUUCAAAUAUACAAAAAUUUUAAUAAAGUCUAAAAAAAAUACAGAGAUCAGAGGUAGAGAUUAAUGGAUGAAGGUUUUUAAGGUCGAUGCCGAUAAUUUUAACCUCAUUCUAACUGAUCCCUGCUGAUUCUAAUGGGUUCAUUCUUUCUCUUCCUCCUUUUCCAUUAAAAACGACACAAUAACAAAUUUCUACGUAUCUAGUUAAAAAUCCCCCACAAACAAAUCAAGCAAUUGAAAGCAACAAUAAAUGUGCCUUAGAUGAUCUGAAGGCAUGGCUACUGAAUGGACCAAAGCAUCUAAACGAGAAAUAAUAUCAGUUUACUGAUGUAUCCAUCUGACUAACAGUCUCCUCAUCUGGUUCUUCUGGCAUUUAGGAAACAGACCAAAGUUUAUUUGAAUUUAAUUGGCACUUUAUCAGAUCAUAAAAUCAUGUUAGGCCUCCCUUGAUUUACUUUACUUUUUGGCUUUAAAGGUGUAAUAAUACCUGAAGAAAACAGUGAGCAGGGCAUUAAAACCUAAAACCACGCUGGUCUAAUGAGCGUUUUCAUGACUGAAGCGUGACAUCAGAUAAAAACCACAGAUUAGUUAAUCUUCAUGGCAGAAAAGUUCUUCUCAGAUCAGUUUUUCCAUCUUUCUUAAAGUUUUCUGAUCUUUUUCCUGUAAUAAAAUCAGAAAAAUGUUUUUUUCUUUUCGUUUUUAAAUCCCAUUUUUAUCAAAAAUGUUAACAUAUCCCAGUUGGGAGACGAUUCUUUUUGUGACGCUUUUAGAUUUCUGAUUAAAAGCAUAAAAGCUUGUUAAUCUCAAAGGGUCUCUUUGUUAGACGUCUGUAUGUCUGGUUCUGAUUGGAUCGGGUCAGAAAGGUCUUCAGCCUUAAAAUGAGCCCCAGAGAUAAGAGACGAAGCUCCUAUCAGGGUUCUGUUAUCUCUGUUCAUUGACGUCUUUAUCUUUGAAGAUCCGUGUUCUGUGGGUUUGGGUUGGAAGUUCAGCAUGAUCAGAAUUCAAAGAGGAAAAUGUUCUUUAUGAUCAGAUCCACACGGUUUGUUCUGAUUUUGUGAAAGUCUGGGUAAGAUUAAAAAGUUCUGUUAACAUCUCUGAUCGUUUCACACAUCAGUUCCAGUUAGCAAGUUUAAACCCUGCAUGAAUGAGGAAAACAGAACCUAAACAUGUCCUGAAAAAUGUGAAAAGUUUUAUACUCCAGUUGUUUUCUAGUUGCACAUUUUAAUGUUUACUCCCUAAACCACUACAGUAUUUUAGAUCAGACAUGUUUUUUAUAUUGGUUAUAAAAUAUUCAGCUAUUUUUGUUUCUGCUUUUUUAUUUAAUUUCCCCCAAAACCCGUUUGGCUCUGCCUGAUUUAGGACCUUGACUGUGAAAUAUUUGGGAGAAAUAAAAGGCUUUUGUUGGAAGGAGAAA